AUGGGUAGCAAGUCAAGCACUUCAGCUGCUUCUUCACCUUCUUUAACAGCUGCGCCUCCUUCUGCUACUACUAAAACGAAUACUGGAACCCCUCUUCCUCCUCCUACUACUACCAUGAAUAGUGCUACUGAUCAUACCACUACUAUUACAUCGCCUAAGACCAAUAGUGCAACAACAACAACAAACACUAUUACAAAUACUAUUGCUACUGCUACUACUCCUAAUCCUAAUCCUAAUCCUAUAAUUACUUCUACGACUACUACUACGACUCCUACUCCCACAAUUACUUCUACAGCUACUAAGACGAUUCCUACUCCUACAAUUACUUCUGCAGGCCCUACUAUUAAAAAUACGUCAACUACUCCUGUAUCUACUGAAAGUAAUUCCAAACCAACAUUUUUUUCUAUUGCAAAAUCCCUUACUUCGGAUGCUGAAAACACCAAACCUACUGUUUCAUCAGCUUAUGCACGAUGGUAUAAAUACAGUAAAUUUGAAAAGCAACAACGAGAUAAAGGCAAAGCACUUUGGUAUAUGAGUUCAUCAGUAACAAGUACUGAUACACUUAGUACCACGACAACGUCAUUAACGAUGACAACGGCACAAAUGAGUACUAAUAAUCAAAAAGAUAUCUCUGAUGCAUCAAAUAUUACUGCUAUGCCAAGCUUUCAAUUACGUUCAACAGCUAUAUAUAGUCCCCCUCAUGGUGAUCGUGUUUUAUCAGGACGUAAUGAAUUGAUCAAUACUGAUGUAUCAAAUUUUAAAUACUAUAUACCAGACAAUCGAUCAAAGCAACCAGUUGGACAACAUACAAGAGCAACAAUGUAUAACAUGAAUACUCAAUCAAAACAAAUAACUUUACCAACUCCAUCAUCUUCAUCGCCAACUACAAAUUCUAAUGGUGGUAACAAUACAACAGGAGAUAAUGCAACAGUACCUACAUUUGUCUCUCGUGGUCUACAGACUGAUCUUGAAGUACAACCCAUUGAUCCAUCUGCUACACAAAUGCUUUAUUAUGAAAAACAAAAACCUCAAAUUGUUCCUGUAUCAGCAUUGUCGAAUUAUACUUCAAAUAAUAAUGGAUUUUUUCACUUAUCAUCAAAUAAUACAGUUAAUCAACCAGUUUUUUCAUCUACCGAACCAAAACCAUCAGUACGGUUUAAUGAUCAACCAGAUUCAUCUGUUAAUCAAUCUGUUCCUUAUUAUCCUCCUCCACCACCGCCAACAUCAAUAUUAAAAAAACCAUCAACAGUAUUACCUCAAGAAAACUAUAAUCCUCUUUCAAUACAAACACAUGAUGAAGUACUUGAAGAAUUACGUAAACGUAAUAAUAAUACAAAUGAUGGUGUAUAUCGAGUAAAAAAAGUUCAUAUCAUAGAAAAAGAUGAUCGUGAAAAUCAACCAAUAAAUGUAUCAUUCAAUCCUUCACCGAGUAAAGCUAGUCAAAGUAUAUUGAGAAGUGAAAGAUUACUUUUUAAUCAAUGA